ACUAACUGAACUAAGAAUAUGGAUAAGGCCGGAGAAGCUGAUUUGGAUGAGUUGGAAACGGUGGAAUAUCUGGAGGAUAUGGAGGAUAUAGAGGCUUUGAAAACCAUUGAAGCUCUUGAAUCUGCUCCACCGUACCCAGGCCAUCCAGCAGAUUACGUAGGAAAAGAAAUGACCCACAACCCAGGAUACAAUUCAUCUCCAUAUCCCAAUAUUUAUAUGGGAUACACCUCGUACCCAGAGCUGGGAGUUAAUCCAAACUUUCAGGGAGCUCCAAAUCAAGGGAUAUAUCCUCAGGUUAACAGUCCACACCCUGGGAUGUAUCCUCAAGCUAACACUCCAAACCCUGGGAUGUAUCAUAAAACUACCACCGUAACAACCACAGUGAUGCUUCCCAGCCUGCGUGAUUUACCCGCUCAAACCAUGUGCCCUCACUGUAAGCACCAGGUGAUCACUAUAACAGACCACUACUCUGGACUCAUGGCCUGGCUGGCCUGUGGCUGCCUUGCCCUCAUCGGUGUGAUUCUCUGCUGCCUGCCCCGACCCUCGCUCUGCAACUGUUUAUUCUCCUGGAUUAUCCCUGCUAAGACUUCGCCACACACGGAACCAGCAGCGAUCUAUCAGCUCACCACCGAGGUUUCUGCCCAGGCCUCCAUGUUAGCGUCUCAUCAACAGCAGCUGCAACGACUCACCUCGCUCACGGAGGAGAUGGUGCUGGCCCUGUUGUCUAGCGCCUUUCUGGAUGGAUUCAUGUAA